AUGUCAACGAUUCCACCAAGUUAUCUUGUUGUGCCGUAUCGAGAAUUCGUCUUGCGUACAUCUAUUUCUUGUCGAACAUUCAAACUCGAUCAUCUGCCAAAACAUCCGAAUAAUUUUCAUCCGAAAUAUUCGAAAUAUUUACGCGGUCGAUUCCCACAUGUCGUACCAGAUGCAAAUAUCACAUUCGAUGAUAUUGAACAAUUUUACACAAAAACCUUAGUGAAGAAAAAAGUCAACAGUGCACCGAUCGAUACACCAUUUGCGAAAAAUAUCACUUUCGAGAAUAUUCCAUAUCAAUAUGAGAAUGAAAUGUGGUUUCCAGUAGGUGUGACAUCCGCUCAGCGUACAGCAAUCAUCGUACCAUUACAAGGACGAGCAUACAACGCCAAAGCAUUUUUAUUGAAUAUGCAUGCAUUUCUGCGAAGACAGCAGCUUACCUAUAUAAUACUCCUGGUAGAACAGAUUUUACCGGGUAGUCCACAAUUCAAUAAAGGCCGUUUAUUUAACACCGCUGUUCGUUACAUUCAACAGAAAAAUUUAAACAUCACGUGUCUGAUCUUGCAUGACGUCGAUUUAUUACCAGAGGACGAUGGAAACUUUUACACAUGUGAAUCGAAACAUCCUAAACAUACAACAUCACGUGUCCGACUACUUGGCACUAACGCUGGUUAUAUGAGAUACUACGAGUUUUUGGUUGGUGGCGUUCUCUUGCUAUCGUUUGAUAUGUAUAAAAAAUUAAAUGGCUUUUCAAAUUUGUAUUGGGGAUGGGGCGGUGAAGAUGAUGAUUUAGCGUUGAGACUCAUUCAACGACAAAUGUGUGUCGUUCGACCAAGUUACGAAUUAGCGAUUUAUAUUGGAUUACCUCAUCCUCGUGGCAAACGAAACGAUGCUCGUUAUAGUCUACUAACGUGGGCAACAGUUCGUUUUCCUCAAGAUGGUUAUGCACAAAUUGAACCAUUAACGCGAAUCAUGAAUAUACGUCAAACAUCUACAGUCGUUCAUUUGCAAGUAGAUGUGAACGUGAUGCCCAUUGAUAAGAACUCAUUAGUAAUCGAAAAGAAGACGUCGAAUGUUUCUAAUAACGUCACCGCUCGAAAGUCAGUGACAUAA